AUGGAAGCGCCGGGUGCUUCGAACGAUGGUUGCCCCAGGGAAAGCGAUGCAAAGAUGGAAACAAAUCGUGGCUGUCCGUUGGAAGCGAUUUACCAUCGCCGAACCGAUCCGUAUGAGGUGACCCAUUUUCCAGCGAUUGAGCGUACCGACCAUCACACGGUACUGUACGAACUGCCCUACCAGCCACAUUCGGGCAGACCACCCGCUCCGUACUGUAGCAUCGGACGGGCAACAGCAGCAGCAGCAGUCGGAAAUGGUCCAAUCCUGCGCCUGCCGACCAUGUCCCGGUGCAUGAUGCGGAACGCGGACGGAUCGCAUGCGGUGGAAAACCGGUGGACGCUUGUGUGCCGGGCAUUAUCGAAACCGAUCGCCGACUCACGUCAACUAGAGGACACUAUCCUGCAGUACAAUCCCGACUACAGGUCGCACUUCCGGUUUGUUGCGUUGCACCGGCUGUUCGAAGAGCAGUGCGAGGAGGAGGAGCGGACCGCAUUCUUCGGUGACACACUGCCCCGGAUGGUACGGCUUGCUCUCCGGCUGACAGAACUGUUCCAGACGCCGGUCCCACUGCUGGUCCACUGGCGAACGCACGCAGUGUCGAUGACACAGGAGCAGGCUGCUUGUCUGCUGGCGAACGCAUUCUUCUGCACAUACCCACUGCCCAAGGCGACGCUGGCGAAGGGCUUCUCGGGCGGGAACUUUGCGCCACUGUUUGCCGGCACCAAUCAGUCGGUGGUGGAGAAGAUAAAGUGCCUGUGUCACUACUUCCGGCGGGUGUGCACCCGCAUGCCGACCGGUGUGUUGACGUACCAACGGCGCUACGUACCGGUGCACCACGUCCCGGACUGGGGCACGGUGGACGCCCAGUUUACCCGUGACCGUGUUCCGCUGCACGUUUCGCCGGACGGUACGAUCGAGGAUCAGGGCGCCGGACUGCUGCAGAUGGUGUUCGCCAAUCGAUAUCUGGGCGGAGGCGUCAUCGGACACGGUUGUGUGCAGGAGGAGAUACGGUGCGUCAUCAAUCCGGAGUUGUUGGUUGGCCGGCUACUGUUUGAGGCGUUGCGCGAGACGGAAGCGUACCUGGUGCUCGGGACGGAACGGUACUGCAACUAUGCGAACUAUGCGUCCAGCUUCACGUUCCAGGCGGAUUACCGAGAUGAGACCCCGAGGGAUGCGAGUGGCCGUCGGCAGUGUUACAUUGUCGGGCUGGAUGCGAUCCGGAUGCAGCCGGGAGUCGAUCAGUACGAACAGCAAGCAUUGCGCCGGGAGUUGGGAAAGGCAUACGCUGGCUUCCGGGAUGGAUUGGACGGCCGGACACCAGCACCGGGCAUUGCCACCGGAAAUUGGGGUUGCGGUGCGUUCGGAGGCCAUGCACCGCUCAAGGCACUGGUGCAGCUGAUGGUAGCGUGCGUCGUCGGGCGGCCACUGCUCUAUUUUACCUGCAACGAGCCUGGGUUGGAGGAACGGUUGCUCGAGAUGUACAACUUCUUGACCGAGCACCGGAUCAGUGUGGCGCAACUAUUCGAGGCACUGGUGCGUUACGGUGCCAAGGGGUAUAAAGCGCGGAUCGAUUUGUAUGACUAUCUGUACCAGUAUCUGUUUCAAGCGGGUGGAACUGACUAG